AAUCGGAAACACCGUCACUCCUUACGUAACAGCCACGAUCCGGAAGUUGUCGUUGGGAGUCUGAGGUACAGAGUGAAUUUGCACAUUGAUGAAAAUGAAUACCAGAGGAUUUCGAUCUCAGCUGAAGGACAGCAUCCCAGUGGCAGAGCUGUCUCCACAGGCAGGAGCGUAUGGGGUACCGGACACACUUCGCAAAGGAUUCACCAGUGUGAAGAAUGAACUUCUACCAAGUCAUCCUUUGGAGCUUUCUGAAAAGAACUUUCAGCUCAGUCAAGAUCAAAUGAACUUCAGCACUCUGAGAAACAUUCAGGGAAUACAUGCACCUUUGAAACUGCAAAUGGAGUUCAGGGCAACAAAACAGAUCCAGCGCCUGCCGUUCCUCCAAAGCUCAAAUAUUGCACUUGAUACACUCAGAGGAAAUGACGAAUCCAUUGGUUUUGAAGAUAUAUUGAAUGAUCCAGCACAAAGUGAAGUUAUGGGAGAGCCACAUGUCAUGGUUGAAUACAAACUGGGUUUGUUGUAAAAUAAUAAAAUCACUGUUAUUUUUGCUCCUUCAAGAAUAGCACUGUCUUUUUAAAUAAAAGCCAAGGCAUUCUCUGUAUUUGAUGUCAAGAAACACAAUACGCUUGAUAUAAAAAUGGUUCUGUUCUUGUUUUCAUGUAUUUACAAUAUAAAGAUUAGUUAUUCUUCA